UCUUACAGGUCAAGGCCAUAUACAGGUACAUAUGCUACUCUAGGACACUAUAGACGCCGUGCUAGCUGAAACUUGAAAACAACCUUUGGCUUACUUAUAUUGCUCCAUUCUAUCUUACCAUCCCAACUUGUUUAAUAGCUCCCUACAUAACUUGGCGUCCCUGCCUGAUCUUCUUUAAACAGCUGCUUAUCCGUUCUUUUUCCCACUCUCGUCUCGCUUAUUCUUGUGCCGAGCAGCGCAUUUCUGAGAUUUGCCCCCGUCACCCGUCAUGGGUGCAUACAAUUUCAGUUUGCUCAAGGACGAGCUUAGUCUUCCGGCCUGGCUUCUCAUUGGUGCCGCGGCACAGACGUUUGCGGGUUGGAUCGCCCCGCCGGGAUAUGCCCUCGUCCCCGUUGCCGUGGCUUCUAGUGUUCUAAUCCUCAACUUCGCGGCACAGGCACUGGGUAUCUUACGAUACAGCUAUCUCAAGGGAGCCACUCUGGACAGGAUCUCGGUCACCUUCCCUGAAGACGAUGGCUCACGGCCUGAGAAGAUGGGCACCAAGCCCGUAGCUGUGUUCAUGCUCGGCAUUCGGUCAAACCACCCCCUUGGCCGUCUCCACCCAGGCUACCAGAAGAUCAAUGACUACUUGGAUGAGAUGUAUGCCGACGCUGAAGCCAACCGGGCGACCAACGGUUAUCUUGGGCGGACCCCCCACUUGAUUUCCACCAACUUCUCCGAGAACAACACGCUUCACUCCAUGAGCUACUGGAAAACCAUCGAUCACCUCGAAGCCUUUUCUCGACGUCCUAUCCAUAUCAAGGGAUUUAAGUUCCUCGUCUCUUCUGUCAUGGGCGACAGACCUCACGACCUUGGUGUUUUGCACGAGGUUCUCUAUUGUCCACCUGGCCACUGGGAGGCAAUCUAUACCAACAUGAAACCCCAAGGCUUCGCGGACCUUAAGUGGUCCAUGGCUGGAGGCAAGAACUUCCGAGGUCCUUACAUUGAGCGCGAUCCUGUCGUUAUUAAUGGCAUGUGGGGUCGUAUGGGUAACAAACUCAGACAAGAUGAAGUGGAGAAGAAAAUGGCUGAGGUUACGGGUCCGGCUCCUGUCUAAGAAACUCAAAUAGCAGGGGAAAUCUCACAAAGUAAGGCACUUGGAGUGGAAUGUUGGCGACGUGGUGUAUGUGGUGGGUGACGGUUCAGCGUCAGAAGCAAGAAUAUUGGGAAAGAUAGGGCAUUGGGCUCGAAACCCCGACCUAUAUCUAUAUUGACGUAGCUCAGACAAAAGUAUAUAAAAGCUUUGGCAACAUCA